GUGGCUGCACGUGCCGCACAGUGAUCAGAGCGACCGUCCGUGAUCGGCAGUGACUGGUGGGUCACAUUAGGGGACAGCGCUGCGCGGAGCGGCCCUACACACGGAGCGCCGCGUAGUGAGGCGUCUCAGCUGCGCUCGCUGGGGACCGCGUUCAGACCGGACCACGCAGCAGCGCCGAAAUGGCCAGGGGCGUGCCCGAGUCGGUGUCUGGUCUGGUCUGGAUCGGUUUCCUGAUGUCAGUCGCGGUCGUCACAGCGCAGGUCAACGUCCAGUUUGACGGGGAGAUGCUGGCUCAGGAGUCCUCGCGGAGCACGCGGCAGAGCUGGCCGCCCUGGAGGAGGAGGUCGCCGGCAGACAGACCGGAGAGCAGCAGUUCUCGGCCCCUGUAUCUGGCCGACCCCCGGCCGAGCGGGCAGCGUCGCCGGAUACCGCCGCCACCCGUGCUCUCACACCUAACGGCACCGCACGCCGGCCGCCUGCCCAGCCUGCGCUUCUCGCCGUCCCGCGAGCGCCAGCAGUACCAGUGGUACCCUCGGCCGCCACCAGGGGCGCUGCCGUCGUCCAGCGCACCAGCAGAAGCGCCCGAUGUCCAGAACUGGAGGGGACCCGACCGAUCAGCGUCAGAGAGGUCGCAGCCCGGAGGUAUUCGUCGCGCCGACGGACCGGCAGGGCUCCAGCACCAGCAGGCGUUCCCUCCAGAGAGACCGGCGGCCGGCUCACAGCUAGGUACAGACUUACGGAUGCGGCCGGCUCCGAGCCCAACCAGACGACAGGAGCCGCAGAGCGGGUCGGCGGUCGGUGCGUCAGACAACCGCUCAGGACCCCGGCCAACACCGUGGUUUGAUGACCAACCGGCCACCGAGCGACCGAGGCAGGCCUCUGCCGCUCCGCCCACCGAGCCAGCGCGGCGGCCCUGGCGGCCAAGGACGGACGAACACCGGCCGGGGCAGCGUGACACACCCAGUCACACGGCGACAAACCCUGGCGAGCGGCGUAGCGAUCAGCCGGACGGGUGGGGCCUGCGGCCGUCCGCCCACUACGCUCAGCUGGCACUGGGUGCAGCAGCUGCCAGCCAGGCGGCAGCCGCGCUGGGGGCGACGGAACGAGAGGAUGCAGCGGGACCCGAAACCCCCACCGAAUACGGCCAAAAGACCACUCAGUAUGACGACGGCGAGCGGUACGACGCCGGGCCAGGCGCAUCGGAGGGUAUGCGUACCACGCCGGAGACUGCAGAAACCGCCAGUCCGCCGGCGGUGAACGUCGUCGAGCGCACCCGUCUGCCCGCCAGGGAAACUUGGGGAUCAGCAGGUGUUCCAGCGACCUACGAGCCCCACUCGCCUGUCCAUGUAGCUGCUGAGCUGGCGGCGCUCUCAGCUCUGCUGACUGAGUCAGGGAACGGCCUGGGCGCACAAGAGGACGACCUGAAAACACUUCCUGUCGUCCACAGGCGGCACAGAUACGAAUCCCAGGUGAGCCGCGCACCGCUGAGUUCCAAGGAUGUCAUAAGGGUUCCGCUGGGUCGACCCUUCGGAGGUCGCGAGGACGAGUCGGCUACGGACUCUGCAAGCACAGAAUCUACGGGUCCAGAGAUGAUUGGCACAGUCUCUGACAGUGACUCCACUACAGACUCUGUCGGUGUCACGGAAGCUAACACAGCGCAACAAGCCGUAGAAGGUGACGUCGGUCAGGUAAACGCAGAGAAAGAAGAGCUGUCUGAUGAAAGACUCGCAGAGCUUAACAAGAUCGUAUGGCCUACCAUCGAGAGCGCAGACGAAGACUCUCUCCAAUACGAUGAUGCAUAUUACGACUACUACGACUAUGAGACUGAUGAUCUAAGCAAUGUGGACGUACCCCUCGCCUUCCCGGCGACUUCUAAAUCACCAUUAGCUUCAGAGGCUCAUGGUGAAGAAGACAUCAUUGAUAAUCUUAGCGAGACUACGUCUGGUAUCGUGAUCAACAACGCAGAGUUCAUGGAGCUCCGGCCAGCAGCGGUAACCAGAAGGCCGGUGAAGAUGGCCACUGCCGCAACGACGGAGCCGGAGGACACAGUCUCUGCUGGGGUCACAGAACAAGAAACCAUCACCCCUUCUAGCAGUACAGAGCGGGAGGAUGUCGUCUCUACUGCCAUCACGGAGCAUGAGGAAGCUGCAUACCCUGAGAGGAUGGAGUCUGAUGAUUAUAGCACUACUAAAGCGACAGAGUUGGAGGACGCGCUCUCACGCAGAGGGCUGCAAAAACCGGGCCGCAGGAGAGGUGCAGAGUCCAGGCGAAUCGACCAGCCCCACGACACUCAAUCAAGAAAAACGACAUCCGGCCAGAAGAUGGCUGGAUCGGAAAGACAAGCCAAUGUCUUUGAGGAGAGUAUACCUGGCUCCAAAAGAAAGGUGGAGGAGAUGUACUUCGAAACAAGUCACGACAAAGAUGAUGAGUAUAUUGGCGUCACUAGCUCGCACAGUACUGACGUCGUUGAGGCUGUGCCUGCGGUGACGGAAGCUAGCACAGAAGCCUCUUCUUCACACGAGAAGAAUGGUUACUGGAACGACAAGCCGUCACCGUACGGAGACCCGGAUGAGCCGAUGACACUGUCUGUGCCACUGGGAGAGGAUGACGAUGACCAACAGCGCGACACUCAGCCGGGCAUCCGACUUCUCUCGCCGGCACCGGCCAUCUACGGCCGCCCGGUCACCCUACUGCCACCGGCGCCAAUCGGCGACCCUCCGCGUCGGCUGGACACACCACCACUAUCCGACCACAAACCUCAGCCAGCACUGCCCACCGUGCUGCCGCACGACGAGCUCUUCGAGCGGAUCAACCAGGAGACAGAGGCCAUGUGGGCGGCGGCCGGCGGUGGUGGCGGAGAGGGCCAGCACCAGGUGGACUCGACUGUCUUCGACAUCGAGCUGUCUCCGCCGAGCGGCGGCAUCAGUCCGGCCGUGCGGCACGCCGUGAUCGCCAGCGGCGCGGUCGGCGGCUGCGCCCUCCUCAUCUUCGUAGGGCUGAUGGCGUUCUGCAGGUGGCGUCAACGUCGUGACGAGCGCGCACUCGGCCCGUGUCCGGCUGCGGACAGUGAGCGCAGCAGCAGCCCCCUCGAUCCCAGCCGCAUCAACGUCAACAACUACGCCAACGCAUACCGGACGAAGACCACCGGUUUCUGGGGCUCCCUAAGGAAGUCGUUCAACCAGCGCUACGCAGCGGCGUAUUCAGACACUCCGUACGGGGGUGUCACCACUUGA